UUGACAGAUGUACGUCUAUCUAUCCCUCUUCAAACACCUAUACUGCUGUUAGUAACACGUGUAAUUCUAUGUCUUCCACUUACUGGACGAAAUGGUUAAUUCCAUCUCCUACUUCCCUCCCUUCCUUUCUCAAUUCUCGCUUAUGCUUCUCUGCUGCCAAAUUCUCUUCCCAAAAUUGCUGGAUUCUCCCACAUUUUUAUGUCACAUUAGAGGAAAACAAUGAAAAUAAAUGGUUGUGCAUAAGGCCAAUAGACGAUGGCGGUAACCACGCUGCUCCAAUCGAGAAUUCAUUCAAGCAUGAGUUGAAUGGAGUUCGUUUUGGAGCUCGAGGCACUGGGCUGCUCCAACUGAUUGAGACUUCUCAUCUCCAAAGUAGACCAGGAGUUUACCUGUAUCUUAUUCAUGCAUGUUUCAUGAUCAAUGCAAUUGAUACUAGGUGUUAGCUUCUUGGAGCUUCAACCUUCUGAAAUUGCAGCGGCAAUGGCAUUGUCUGUCUCGGUCUUUCGAGAAAAAAGCAGGCAAAAGACAUUGAAAGGCCAAUACAGUUACCUUACUUCUUCACAUAAGUACAAGUUGUACAAGACGAACUUUUUAAUUUCCUUUGCUUUGAUUCUUGAGGUAUUGGCUUAUUCUUUAAUUUAUUUUUGGAAUUAA